GAGGGGGAGAGAGAGAGGUCAGCAACAAACGGCACGCUUUGGCCUUGCUUCCUGAACUAACCAACCAACCUAACGUUUUUAUUUGGGGAACCUUUCUCACAAUUCUGGUUGCGUGUGUGUUAUGCUUCUUCUUCUUCAUCAUAUUCUUCUUGGCCAGCCCCUUCUUGUUUUGUGUUAUUGAGUUUAGCGAAUAUAGAAUCUCUAUUCUCGUCUUUUAUAGCAAACAAAAUAUAUCUAGUUUGUGGUUUUGCUUUAUGUUGUUCGUUGAGUCUUCUUCUUUGCUUUCUCUUUUGUGGGUUUGAAGAUCUUGCAUCUGGGUUUUAGUUUAGAAGGUUGAAGAUGUGGGUUUUAUUGGUUUUGAGCUCUGGUUAAGCAUUUUAUUAGUUUUUCCUGUUAAAUUUUUGGUGUUGAGAGUGGAAGAGAAGGUUGGUUUUAGUGUUGACAUGGAGGGUUGUUCAAAGAAUGGUGAGGCUAGUCGUCAACUGCUGGAUUUGAUUCCUAAAGAAAGAGAAUGGCUUAUGAUGGGAGAUGGAGAGAGAAGCCAGAGGCCUUUAGAGGAGAAGAAGCUUGAACUGAGGCUUGGUCCUCCAGGGGGGGAAGAUUGGUCUAUGAAUGUGAAAGAAACCAUAAAAAUGUCAGAAAGGGAUCACCAUGAGUCUCUUCUUUCUCUAGGCUACUUCUCCUCCCUCACUAACAAAAACAAUCACAACAACAACAACAACAACAAUGGCUUUUCAUUUCUUCAAUUCCCAUCCAUCCCAACAACAUCAACAAUCGCUACUGCAACUCCACAUAGCUUGCCUGUUAUGGCAAAGGAAUCCUCAAAGCCCUGUUGCACUAAAGUUGUAGACUUGCAGUCUGCACCAGAAAAGAAAGCAUUUUCUUCCCCAUCUCCUGCUAAAAAUAUAGCUAUGCCCACCAGCUCUCAGAAAAGGACUGCUCCUGCUCCACUUGUGGGUUGGCCUCCAAUUCGUUCAUCCAGGAAGAAUCUUGCAAACACAAGUGCUUCUAAACCACUUACUGAGUCUCCAAAUGUAGUCUCAAACAAGGGUAUUAAUGAAAAGCCAGUUGAAGCUAACAGGAAGAGUCUGUUUGUGAAGAUCAAUAUGGAUGGUGUUCCUAUUGGCAGAAAAGUUGAUCUCACUGCCAAUGACAGCUAUGAAAAACUCUCAACUGCUGUUGAUGAACUCUUCAGAGGUCUCCUUGCAGCUCAAAGAGAUUCCUGUGCUGGUGGAAUGGUGAACAAGCAAGAGGAAGAGAAAGCGAUUACCGGUGUAUUGGGCGGAAAUGGGGAAUAUACUCUUGUUUAUGAGGAUAAUGAAGGGGACAGGAUGCUUGUUGGGGAUGUCCCAUGGCAUAUGUUUGUAUCAACAGUGAAGAGGCUGCGAGUUUUGAAGAGCUCUGAAGUUUCGACCUUAACCCUUGGAAGCAAUAAGCAAGACAAGUUACUAGCUCGGUCCUGCAUUGAAACGAAGAAAGAGUUUUUUCUGUGAAGAUUCUCCACUAAAGUUUGAAGAAGAGAGACUUUGAUUUGUGUUCUCCUUUUGACAUUUUGUUUCCUUGUUUUGUAUGAACUCUGUUUCAAGCGCAGUAAAUAUAAUAUAUAUAAUCAAGUAGCAGCUAUGUUAUGUGUAAUUUUUGACAUCUUCCCAUUA